GUUUGAGUCUACAGGAGUAAAUGAUCUUUGUGCCAAGCAGUCUGAGAGCUGAGGCAGCUGCAGUGGAUCUGUGCGUGUUUGUGCUCUGAGCUCCGGGCGGAGGGCUGUUUCUCGUCCUGCAGGAAUGAAUGGAUCCACAGAGGAAUAAAAGCUCCGUCAGCCGCCAAAUAAGCAGGACACUAUGGAGUGGGUGUGUCUGAGGAAGGGGGUGGGGCUUUCUGUGCUCCUCCUGCACACCUUUACCUGGGGGUGGACAGACGCAAUCGAUCCCGCCCCCAAGAUUGAUGGACACCAGCGUUCUGAGGUCAACCUGCAGGAGAACGUCUCCCACCGCUUCAACUGCGAGUCGGAGGGCUGGAGUGCACAGGCUCCGCCCCUACUGACCUGGUACCUGAACGGGGAACGGCAGAGCGAGGUGACGGGCAGCCAGGGCGCCGCACGCCUGGUGAUGACAUCACCAGAGGAUUCGGGCAGGGUGAAGUACAACUCGGAACGAAACAGCAGCUUCACACUCCGGCCGAGGAAAUGGGACCGCGAGCUGGUGUGUGCUGCCAGUAACCCGGGCGGUGGAGAGAGCUACAAUGCUACGGUCAUCCUAAAUGUUCAGUUUCAGCCGGAGAUUCUGCGAGUGAAUGCUCACUACAGUGAAACCUCAGACCCUGGUCUCUCCUUGGUCCUCUUCGCUCUGGUGCGCUCCAACCCCCCCGCCACUAUCACCUGGGUGGACCAGUCUGGCCAGCUGGUAGCCAACACUACAGACUUCCUCAUCCUGGACUCACGGAGCUACCCCUGGCUGGCCAAUCACAGCCUACAGGUCACCCUGAGCAGCCUGCCAGGAAACGUCUCGGUCAGCGCCAACAACAGCGUUGGCUCCGUCCAGACCAACCUCACGUUAACAGAGUUCCUGCAGUCACGGGUGGAGGUGCCAAUGCUGGGGAUCGUUACGGGUGGCGUUGCUGGCUUCAUCACCCUCCUCAUCCUCACACUGAUGGUGCUCUGCCUUCUGCACAAGGACAAAGGCAAAGCCAUCGAAGAGCCUGUCGCGAUUCCCAUAACCAUGAAAUGUAAUGACUCAGCAAAAGUGCAGGUGGACGGUGUGUAUCUGCCCCGGGAGAACAUGUCCCUGCCCUCCAACGUCCAGCUGAAUGACCACAGCAUGCUCUGCAAAGGACGGCCGAACUCCAAACAAAAUACUUUAGCACGCAAGACGGAGGAGGAAGAGGAGGAGGACCUGUCCUUGGCCUAUGCAGCUAGAGGUUUCGCCAGGUACCCCAUGGUUGGUUACAUCUACAAAGUGAACAGCACAAGCAGUGAUGAGAUCUGGCUUUGACUCGAUUUCACAGUUAUACACACGGUGAUCACCGUUUGUCCUCUCACGUCCCCGUUAGGCAGUGAGGUGUGUUUGGUCCCUGCUUGGACAGUUCAUGGAUGGCUAUUUUAACCAUUUUAAAUAUCUAGAUUUUCCAACAUAAAAUAUUUGAUUGUCCUAAAGAGAAAAUAUUACAUAUUGUUGUGAAAACAACAACAACAACGAUGUUUUAACAUUCAUUAAUUGCGUGCAGCUAGCUUUUACCUAAGUGUGUUAAGUCGGCCUUCAUAACAAUAAUUUUUAUAAUUUACAUUUUCAUAUUUCAUUUGAAAUAGUUCCAAUACUAUUUACUUUUGUCCACUUAGAAGUGCUUGUAUUGCCCAAUUCCCAUUUAAGUAAACAUAUAUUAAGAGUCAAAAGUUUGGACACACCUGCUCUUAAAGGGUUCUCUUUUUUUCUGUUUUCUACUUGUUGGAAUAUAAUAUUGAAAACAUUGAAACUAUAUAGUAGUUCAUACAGAAUGUCUACAGUCAGAAACAUGGGCCUUCUACCAAAUAUGGCUACCUCCCUCAUGCAACUCAACUGAUUGGCUGAAAUGUGUUAACAAGGACAGACUAAUUAACUUUUAAUGAGAAACAUAAAGUAAGAAGAAUGGUAUAAUGAUCGUGGCGAGCAGGACUGGAGGAAGAUGAUCGAGGGUUCAGGAUUGGUGGAAGAAAUAUCAAUAACCUCUGACUCAUAGUGGAAAUCUGGAACAUUAGAAGGUCCUUAUAAGGUUAGGAACAGAGUUAAAUGAUGGGACUUAAGCUCAGUAUGAAGAAGACUGAGGUUAUGACCACAGGAAACGUUGCUCACUUUGUCACUGAUGGAGUAGAUGUGGAAGUGGUGGACAGCUUUCGCCUUCUCGGAUCAAUUAUUAACAACAGAGGAUCCAGCACUCGAGACAUAAGACACAGACUGGCACUCUGAGGAACAAGGAUUAAGGAGCUUGGAAAGAUCUUUAAAUAUAAUGACUGCAAACAAAGAUCAGGAUUGUCCUGACUGUGGUCUUCUUUUUGGAUGUGAUAGCUGGACAAUAAACAAGUCAGACAGGAAAAACAAGCUCACCAGACAAAAAAUGAGUCACCUGUGACUGAAACGUACCUAAUAGUGUGUGAUACCUCCACGAGCAUGAAUAACAGCUGCAAUCCGAUUUGGCCUGAACUGGACAAGUUUCUGGAUGUAGGAGACAUCAAUGUUCAGCCAUCCUUGCAUCAAAGAAUUGAGCAGAUUGGCCAGAUUUUGUGGAUGCCUUUCCCCGGCGUCUUUCUCGUUCCAGGUCGUCCCACAGAUUUUCAAGAGGAUUCAAAUCUGGGGAUUUUGCAGGCCAGUCCAGACGUGUGAACGCUCCUGAAUGUUCAUCAUGCCAAUCAGUCACAUUUGCAGCCCUGUGAACGUGAGAACUGUCAUCUUGUAAUACACGGAUAGGAAUGUUCUGUUCCGGUAAGUUGAUGAGCAAAAGGCAAAACCUGGUGUCAAGCAGCUCAAUGUUGGCACUGUGCUUCAAAUUUACUCUCACCUCAGCCAAAGGACCCAUUUCCACAUAAUUUAAACACCCCAGAACAUCACAGGGCCUCCAACUUGAACCACACCUACAGGCAGUCCUCAUUGAAGGCUUCCUGAAGUCUACGAUGAACACAACGCCGAGCAUCACUCACAUACGGGCAGAAAUGAAACUCAUCUGACCAGAUAACAUGUUUCCAGUCAUGAACAGUCCAGUGUUUGAGUCUCUUCGUCCACUGUAACCGGACAUCUCUGUUAGCAGCAGUGAGCAAAGGCCUCUUGCGUGCCGCUCUGCUCCAUAUGUUUAUGGUAUGCGGUUCCCUGAGCAGCAUUCUUUCAGAAAUUGGUUGUGAAGAACCUGCAUCGACUUCUAGAAGCAAUUCUUGCCUGGAAGUGAAGUGAUUUUUAAAAUAUGACCGUACGCUUAGAUACACCUGCAAACUCAGUUACUUCCUUCCCACUGUGGCCUUUGGCUGCCUAAAUGCAAUCGCUCCUUUUUGCCAAUCAUUAACAUCUGCUUUGCGACCCAUUUUCCACACAUUGAACAAGACAUUCACUGCACUGUACCACCUUUUCUCAAUCUAUGAAUCCCGUCACACACCCUGUAGGUAUUUAUAGCCCCGAAGUUAUUACCACCUUAAACACGCAAGGUGACUAAUUUUUUCCGGGAGCUUACUGAUGCCUGAAUUUGAUGUUGGUGAAGACAAACAAAUCAAGCCUCAUCUAUCAAGCCCCGAUAACCAAACUGAAGCUCUUAUAUUGGACACAUUCUAAGAAGACCCAGUUCAUGCUUGGACCAGAAAGACAAUUAUGCUUGAAGGUAAAAGAGAAAGACAAUGGUGGAGACAGUCAGAGCCAGCCAUUCAGAAGCAUGAAGACCCAAACAGAAGACAGGUCACUGUGGAGAAACACUGACCACAUGGUUCCCAGGCAUCUGGAAUUACUUUGACACUUAAUAAUAAUAACAAAGUUUGUGGUUAUGAUUCUACAUUUCCCAUUCAAGAUUUUUGUAAAAGUCCUGAA